AUGAGAGACGAAUAUGACUCCCAGACUGGUUUAACGCGAGCCCAAACAUCCUCACAACAGGCUCGAUUUAUGAUUUCAGGAGUCAGUCGACUAGCAACUACAAGGUCACUAUCACUGGCGGCCACAUCCUCACGCGUCAUGACUGAUUAUAGUACAACUCUAGUGUCAGACCUGUUGGGAUUCACUGAUAGCAACAAAGCCAACAAGCAAGCUCUGCCAUCAAGCCCUGUUGCUGCCAUGCAUCAAAUGGUCCUGAAUGCUGGCAAGGAUGAAUGGUUAGGAGCCUCGACCGAAGACAAGGCGGAAGUGUUUCAAUGGAUGUCAACUGCUCAAAAAACCAUCAUCCCAUCGCUACAAGUCGCAGACAAGAGAGAUGCUGUAUUCAUGGACUUGAACACCCACUUGACAAAACGAACCUUCAUUGUCUCAAACCAACCCACUGUAGCAGAUAUCUCUCUCUUCGCCGCUCUCCACAUACCAAUGAAACGAUUCGCUCCCACCUUACAAGACCAGGCGCCAAAUCUUGUAAGAUGGUUUGAUUUGAUACAGCAUCUCGUCCAUUCUGCUCAGUUAAACCCUCAUGGACAUCAUGUAUCGAUACCAUUGGUCGUUAUUGAUACCAAUGCAACGAGGGAUGUGGGAACUGUUGAACAAAAUGCUAAAUCGCAAAAGAAGGUUGAGAAGGGUGAUGCUAAGGGUGAUGAUAAAGCCGCAGAGAAGGGCAAGAAGAAGGAGGCUGCUGCUGCUCCUAAAGCUGAAGACAAGAAGGAAGUCAAGAAGGAGGCUGCUGCUGCUCCGGCUAAGGAGAAGGGGAAGGAGAAAGUGGAGAAGAAGGCGGCUAGUAGUGUUCCACCAGAAGCAGCUGGAGGCGAUGAUGUCGUUGAUCCCAGCAAGGUCGAUAUUCGUGUUGGGCUGAUUCGCAAGGUUGAGAAACACAAGGAUGCCGACACAUUGUAUGUGGAAGAGGUUGAUUUGGGCACUGAAACUAGGACUGUUGUCAGCGGUCUAGUAAAGUACAUACCAGAUGCAAAUGACUUGCUGAACAAGCAAUGUCUGUUUGUAUGCAAUCUCAAACCAGCAAAGAUGAGAGGAGUUGAGUCGCAAGCAAUGUUAUUGGCAUGUACGGAUCCUGUUUCUGGCAAACUAGAACUAUUAGCACCACCAGCAGGCUCAAAGCCAGGAGAUAAAGCUUUUUGGGAGAAUUAUCCUGGUACACCAGAAGCUCAAUUAAAUCCCAAAAAGAAGACUUGGGAAGGUAUUGUGCCAUUGCUCAAGACAGAUGCUCAGAAGAGAGCAACAUUCACAGGGCCUGAUGGUAAAAUUGGUAUUCUGAAGACGGAUAAAGGUGAUGUGACUGUACCAUCUAUUGUGGGUGGUGGUAUUCGAUAA